UACAAAUUACAAUCCCUGCAUUCACAGCUUCAUCCUUUCAAUCUUUCAGACAAGCAUUACUGGGAAGCUUUGUCCGAAGACAGGACUUUGAGUGCAAAGAUAAAUUAUAUUGAUCAGUUGAGUUACAAGCUCGUUACGUACUUUACAUCAUUCAAUUUCACAAUCUGACGAGGCGGAAUGGGUAAAAGAAUGAGUACAUGCAUCCGAAAAUUUAUUCCAUUUACCGGAUCUAGGCCCACUACAUCAACUGCUUCAAUGGGAGUGGAUGUUACAGAAGAAUAUGCUAAUGCUUUCCGCACCGAAUCAUACCUCGACUUUUGGACACGUGUCGUUGCAUUAUCCAAUAGUGAAUCCACUAAACCGGCGUGCAAGUCGAUGGAGUCGACUACCGCAGCUCGGCUCCCAUCCUAUCGGCUCUUCGCGGAGCAUCUAUUGGAUCCGGAUCAACCCAUGGUUACUCGGAUCUUAUCGUUGAUUUGCAACCACCCGAUCAACCACGUACUUUUAUCUGACUAUUUCACUCAAACCGCCGAUGCUUCCAUCCUAUGUGGCCUCCUACUAAAUGACAUCAAUCGUACACGUGUCAAAUAUCAGUCCAUCAAAUCCACCUUACAAUCCUUAAAUGACCAUUCUACCCCUAAAACACUAACUCGUCUAACCAGAUUCACCCCGAUUUUAUCUCUAAUUCGCAUCCAAGCCACUCAAGUCGGAUGCUCUAACUUGCUGAAACGACUUGAGUCAACUCGUGACAAGGCUCGAGCCAAGCUCCGACUCGUAAAAAAGCUUCGAGCCGGCUCAACCAUUUUCUUAGUCGCGUUAACGGCUUCGUUGAGCGUAAUAGUUGUCACGCAUGCUAUUGCGCUAGUUGUGGCAAUGCCGGCUUUUCUAGCAGCUUCGUUUGACUUGGCUUCGCCGAAAAGGCUGAUUAAGAUGACAUCUCAGCUCGACGCCGCCACGAAAGGAACUUACAUACUAAACAGGGAUUUGGAGACCGUGAGCCGACUCGUGGCUCGGCUAAACGAUGAGCUUGAGCACAUGCGUCGCAUGGUCAAGUUUUGGGUGGAGCGUGGGGAGGAGGAUUGGAGCCAAGCCGGAGGAGAACUGGCGCGCCAGCUGAAGAAAAAUGACUGUAGCUUUAGGCAGCAGCUUGAUGAGCUAGAGGAGCAUUUGUAUUUGUGUUUCAUGACCAUUAACAGGGCUAGAAAUCUUGUUGUGAAGGAGAUUCUGGAUCCGGGUCAAAUCAUUCUGACCCAUGAUACAUUAUGAAAAUAAAAACUCAAUAAUUGUUUUGUUU